GAGAGCGAAACAAACAUGGCGGCGGAGUGGAGCGGGCAGGGGUGCACUCUAACUUUAGUGUUUUUCCUCUGGAGCUCCGGGAGCGGCGGCCGCACCGAGCCGGUUACCGUCAGCGGCGGCAGCCAGAUCCUCGGCAUGCGGCUGGAGAGGAGCGACAAGCCCGCCACCACCACGAAGGACGGGGUGAUCCAGGUGACGGAGGAGAGCAGCGUCCUGCUCCGGUUCUACGGGCUGCAGCUGAGCGCCGAGUCCGCGGGGAACAUCAGGUUCACGGAGCACGGGGGCGGCGGGGACACGGGGGACGGCGGCGGUGGCGGCGGUGGCGGCAGCGACGGGGACACAGGGGACACGCGGCCGCCUGACGUUAAUAACAACAGUAGCAGCAGUAAUAGCAUUAGGACUUGUGGAGACUUCACUAAAGACAUCACCGUGGGAAACUACAUGAACGUGAGCGGCCGCGGGAGCUCCGGGGUGGUGAGCGUGAGCAUCAAACCCCUCCGUAAGACGGAGCGGAUGCGCGAGUACAGCCUGUGCGUGAGGGGUCCAGAGGAGCAGUGGUACCUGCUGUCAGAGAACCACGGGCGGCUGAGGGUGGUGGAGGAGAAGGCCUCCCUGCUGCCCCUGUGGGUCCAGAUCAUCCUGGUCAUCUGCCUGCUGGUUCUGUCCGGUAUGUUCAGUGGACUCAACCUGGGUCUGAUGGCUCUGGACCCCAUGGAGCUCAGGAUAGUCCAGAGCUGCGGAACCGACAAGGAGAAGCGGUACGCCCGCAAGAUCGAACCCAUCCGCAGGAAGGGCAACUACCUGCUCUGCUCCCUGCUGCUCGGCAACGUGCUGGUCAACACCUCCCUCACCAUCUUCCUGGACGACCUGAUCGGCUCCGGCUUGGGCGCCGUGGUGGCGUCCACCGUUGGCAUCGUGAUCUUUGGCGAAAUCGUGCCGCAAGCCCUCUGCUCUCGCCACGGCUUGGCGGUGGGUGCCAACACCAUCAUGCUCACCAAGUUCUUCAUGCUCCUCACCUUCCCCCUGUCCUUCCCCGUCAGCAAGCUGCUGGACUGCGUCCUCGGCCAGGAGAUCGGCACUGUCUACAACAGGGAGAAGCUGGUGGAGAUGCUGAAGGUCACCGAGCCCUACAACGACCUGGUGAAGGAGGAGCUCAACAUGAUCCAGGGGGCCUUGGAACUGCGGACCAAGACAGUGGAGGACGUGAUGACCUCUCUCAACAACUGCUUCAUGAUCCGCUCCGACGCCGUGCUGGACUUCAACACCAUGUCCGAGAUCAUGGAGAGCGGCUACACCCGCAUUCCCGUCUACGAAGACGAGAGGUCCAAUAUAGUGGACAUCCUCUACGUCAAGGACCUGGCCUUCGUUGACCCGGACGACUCCACCACGCUCAAAACCGUCACCAAGUUCUACAACCACCCCGUCCACUUCGUCUUCCACGACACCAAGCUGGACGCCAUGCUGGAGGAGUUCAAGAAAGGUAAAUCUCACCUGGCUAUAGUGCAGAGGGUGAAUAAUGAGGGGGAGGGCGACCCGUUCUACGAGGUUCUGGGAUUGGUUACUUUGGAGGACGUUAUAGAGGAGAUCAUAAAGUCUGAGAUCCUGGACGAGUCUGAUCUCUACACUGAUAAUCGUAACAGGAAGAAGGUCGACCCGAACAAGAAUAAGAGGGAUUUCUCCGCCUUUAAACAGGAGAGCGAGUCUAAAGUGAAGAUCUCUCCUCAGCUGCUCCUGGCUGCUCACCGCUUCCUCGCUACAGAGGUGAGUCUGUUCAGUCCGCUGCAGAUCUCAGACAAGGUUCUGCUGCGGAUCCUCAAACACCCGGACGUCAUCCAGGAGAUCAAAUUCAACGAGAACGACAAGCGCGCCCAGCAGCACUACCUGUACCAGCGCGGCAAAGCCGUCGACUACUUCAUCCUGUUAUUACAGGGUCGGGUGGAGGUGGAGGCGGGUAAUGAGAAUAUGAAGUUUGAGACGGGUCCGUUCUCUUAUUAUGGAGUGAUGGCUUUUACCGCUCCGUCUCUGGCUGUCACGCCCCCUCUCUCCCCCUCCGUGGUGUCGCCCCGGCCGCGGCGCCUUUCUCUUAAGAGGUUUUCUCUGUUCUCUCGCUUCCCAGAGUUCCGCUCUCCGUCUCACCUGAGUGGUCUGAACCGCUCGGCGUCUCUGAGCUGUACGGAGAGGGUGGACACGCUGUCGGUCAGCGGCAGCACCUCGCAGCUCAACAGCGCCACCACCCUGCAGUACGUUCCUGACUUUAACGUGCGCGCCCUCACCGACCUGCAGUUCGUCAAGGUCACUCGUUCUCAGUAUCAGAACGGUCUCCUGGCCUCCAAGUUGGACAGCACCCCCCAAUCCCCCGAGAGCAACCACACCCGGCUUGACCCGGCGGCUCUGCCUCCACCCACACCCCCCACAAACUCCAUCACCCGCCCCCCGGCACCCGCACCAUCCAAAGAGGGUCCGGACGAGACCACCUCGCUGCUCAACGACAAGAACAGCCUGUCCAGCCUGCGGUCCAACCACCCCCACCCCCACCAGCACCCCCACCCCCACCAGCACCCACACAGCCACCCUCAGCCCUACGCCAACACCAACUCCAACUCUAACCCCAACCCCAACAACUCCAGCCCCCACCUUCCACCCCACACUCACCACAGUCACCCCCACCUGCACAGUUACCCCGGCUCCAACCCCCACACACACUCCCACACCCCCAUACACACCAUCUCACACACUCACGCACACACCGAGAGCACCAUCUGACCCCGUCAUUCAGGAGCUGGUCCCUAACCAAUCUCCCGAGAGGACCACCACCAUACACACACAAGUACCUACACACACACAUACUUACACAAACACACACACAAUCACACAUGUACCUACACACACUUAUCAAGCAUAUAACAUUAUUCAUUUUUCAUCCCCACUGAUCAUAUAGUUUACUCUGUAGUUAUACUAUAAUUCCAGCCUGUAGUUCUGUGUCUAAAAAAAUCAAUAUUUGGUGGAAUAAUCCUGGUUUUUAAUCACAGUUUUUUUCAUGCAUCUUGGCAUCAUGUUCUCCUCCACCAGUCUUACACACUGCUUUUGGAUAACUUUAUGCUGCUUUACUCCUGGUGUAAAAAAUCAAGCAGUUCAGUUUGGUGGUUUGAUGGUUUGUGAUCAUCCAUCUUCCUCUUGAUUAAAUUCCAGAGAUUUUUAAUUUGGUAAAAUCAAAGAAACUCAUGAUUUUUUAGGGCUCAGAGCUGUAUAACAAUAACAGAUAAUGGGUUUAAACACAAAACCGAAAGUGGUCAUAAUGUUAUGCUUGAUCAGUGUAUAUACUUACACAGACACACACACUCACACACACACACACGUACAAUCAUGGGUACACUGAUGCAGACAGUUCUGUACAUGCACGUCCGUAAUCGCUCCAGGCUGUAUGCAAUCAAACACACCACCAGCACAUCCUCAUCCUGCAGGCAUGCCAUCUGCACCUCCCCCUGCACCCACUAGGUGGCACUUUACUGGAGUCUGGACUGGAGACGUCCACAGCUGCACACUCGCUGUGUGUGUGUGUGUGUGUGUGUGUGGGUGUGUGUGUGUGUGGGUGUGUGUGUGUGUCAUGCAAUAAGCUGAUAAUGUGAAUUCCUAACAGGCCGUUUCUGAUUUAAGGCGUUUUCACACCAACUACAUAAAAAUAGAAUAUUUAAGAUGGAAAAAAAACAUUGACACCUUCCCAUUGAAUUCUCUACUGUAUAAAUAGAGUUAAUAGUUUCCGUGUUUUGCCGUGUUUUAUCGUUUCAUUUCUUUGGAUGUUCGCUUUCUGAGAUGGGAAUUUACUUUGCAACCAAGUCGUCUGUGUUCCAUUUAAACAUUCCGAUAAUUUUACAAAACAGUAAAGAGUAAGAAUAAGGCUCAGUCCCAUUACCGUACUCUAUUCUACACUAACCCUUGUUUUUAAAUUAAGAGUCAAAUAGAAAGGGGUGAAAUCCUGUGAUUGGUCCACCGGGCCUCGUGUUCCCGCCCACAUAUUCCUGCCUUUGCGGUUUACACUGCAGAGUGAUGCAGAGCCACUGAUACACGCACGCAGAAGUAUAAAUGUGCUCCGCUACGUAGAGUAGAGCCAAGGGGUGAAAUGGGAUUGAGCCUCAGUAUUUUAUUUUAAAUCAAACCAAAUAUGUCCCACUUUUUAUUUUAUGUGCUAGAUUAGCGCUGUCAGCUAUACCAGUUACUUCACCGCUGCUGGUGUCUUGGAUUCAGAGCUCUUAUGAAUUUCCCAGUAGGAAAUAGAGUAGAAAAAUCCUGUGAAAACAUUGCUGUUAAAAUAUCUUAGUUCGACCAAGGAAAUUCUACAUUUAGUGUUUAGUUUUUUCUGUAUCCAUGACAACAGAGCUCUGAUUGGUUAGUUUGAUUGAUAAAAAUAAAUACACAGCUGCACAGACCAUCAGUUUUAUGUAUAUUCAUGUAUAAAACUCAAACAAAACAUAUUUUUUAAGUUUUUGUCGAUAAAUAAGAUCAGUACUUGGUGUGAAAGGGCUUGAGUCGGUCAGCAGGACCUCUAGCUCCACUGUCUCCCCGUCCCCGUCCUCACUGCAUGGUGAACUCGUAUACACGUCCCUGUCCCUGAGAUUUUGUGUUUCUGUAGCAUGCAAAAGCCAAAAAUGCCUUGGUCAGAUUUCUCGGGCAUUUUUGAACGGCGACGUGAUAAUGUUUCAUAGUAUAAAAAUAAUAAUAAGAGAUAAGAAACUGCACUUUUAUAACCUCCAAUCCCAGACUUCAUGUAUACGGUUGGUUGUUUUUUGUUGUUUUUGGUAUUUUUAAGGGUUUUUUUGGACGUACACUAUAUGUUUAAAAGUUUGUGGACACCCCACUGUAGGAGAGAAGUACUGCCAAUAGAAUAGGACUCUGUGGAGAAGCUUCCCAAACACAAAGAUAUUGACUCCAUGUCUAAUAGUGUCAGGUGUGAGUUAUAAAGGGUUAUAAACCCCUCAACAGUACUGAUCAUAUAUUUCACUUGCUGUCUGUAUUUAAAACACCAGUUAGCUCAUAUGUAUAUAUCCACUUAUGCAAGACCAGCUACCUAUUUCUAUGAAUAGCGAGAGACCAAAAUACUCUAAACUAACCACAUUGAGGGAAGUGCUAAGGGUCACUAAGAGUCGAAUUACUAUUUUAGUAAUAUGUUAUAAAUUACUGAUAAAACUGGAUCAAAUUUGACUUUUUUGCCCCAAAAAACGUAGUGAUUUUUGCACUUGUUCCUGCUGCUGCACUUACGCAGAUCUCCACAUUGAUGGACAUGUUCCAAUCUAAUCCGCCAUUCUUUGUGCUGAUUGGCUGUUUUUAUUGAUGGGCGAGACUUCUUCCAUAAAUCUAGUCUUCUCUAGACAGGUGUCCCAUCACUUUUGGCCGUAUAGUGUACGCAGUGAGGGCGCUGGGAACAUGGUGCCCCAUUGGGCACAAUCAAUAUUUGUUAUAUAGAAAGAGAUUGAGAGAGUUUUUAUGUGAUUCGUCUUUUUCGUAGAGUUUAUCGUAGUUAUACCGAUAUCGUAGCGUGUAUAUAUAUAUAUUUAUAUAUAAAUAUAUUGCGCGGUAUAUUGGUGCAUUGGCUGGAGUUCGGACGCAGCUGUAAUACGAGCCGAGGCUCUUGGGUUUAUCGCGCUACAGUUCGGGAUCUGUAUGUUAGCGGUACCUGAUAAAAUGAGGGACAUUCUCUUCGACGAUGUUGUUGUUGUUGUUUUAUUAUUAUGCAAAUAGCUUUAAGAACAGGAAGUGGUUUGACGUAGUUUAAAUAAUAGACGGUACUUUUAGAGAUUUUUAUUAUUCAGAAUAUUCACAAUAUUCAGUGACUUUCAGCCUUCGAGCAGAGGAGAUCCAACCCCAGAACAUAGACACUAGGUAGAUCAUAUACUAUAUAAAAAUAUAAAUAUAUAUGCAAUAGAAAUAAAUUAUAUAAAUAUAUAAAUAUUUAUCCAUAUUUAUUUUUUAUUGUUGCCUAAAUUAAAUUCAGUUCAGAUGCAUAUGUAUGUAUGUUUGGUAUGUUUGGUAUGUUUUUUGUUUUUGUUUUUGUUUUUUGUUUAUUUAAGGCCUCCUCCACACGUAUCCACACGGAUUUAAAAAAAAUUAAUGUUAAAAAAUUUUAAAGCUUUUGUCUGUGUUUUGGCCUCUAGUUCACACAAAAAUAGCUAAUUUAUUGGCUUUUUAAAACCGAUGCAUUUUUAAACACUUUUAAACACUGUUUUCAUGAAGUUGCUUUAUUAAAAGAGCUAACAUCACAAAACAUACACAUUUAUUAUGGCUGAAUCCCAAAAAUCUCCUCACUCCCUAUAUAGUGAACUAAAUAAGUAAUAAAACUACAGUGUCUACACACAGAAAUACACUAGAUUCCAGAUUUACAUAUAUUAAUAAAUGAAAAUACUGUUUUAGAACACUUAGAAUCUGUAACUACCUGAUUUGCUAUUACUAUUAGCGCCCCCUCAAGGCCUGGCAUGCUAAUGCAAUCGCUUUUCUUUCAUUGGAGCAAAAUCAUUUUAAAAGAUAUUCGGAUACGUGUGGACACGGCCUCGUCAGAUAUAAGAGGCUACGAUUGGCCGAAAUUGGUCCAGUAAGAGAUGUGGUAACCAGCCACAGUCCUUUCCAGCAUAUAACUGCAUCAGUAGCACAUCUGUAAUCAUAGUUUUACCAUGUUAUUGUCAGUUAUAAAGACGUUUGUGAGAUUUUUGGUCAUUAUUAGUGAAAUGGGACGAUUAGAGUCGAUUUAUUCUUCUGCGUGGAGUCAACUCAGAGUUUACGACAUCGCCCGCGCAAGUAGCUUUACGCUGUUUUAAGUGUUUAGGUGUGUUGGACCAAUCACAGUGGCUGUGUCUUGAUUUGAUGCAGAAGAAUAACUUGGCGUUCAGAACUAAGAAAACAUUCCAGACCUGUGAUCCAGCCGUAGCUUUACUGGUGCCGAGACAGAAUCCACUGUGAACUGAAUUCAGCCUGUAGCGUUCUUCCCCAACACCAGAUCAGAAGCUGGAGAUGCUCAUCAAUUACAGUAAAGCUUCAAUUUCCCUUUUUAUUGCACUAGAACACAGUAGUGUGUGUGUGUGUGUGUGUGUAGCUUUAGCUUAGUUAAACACCAUGACCCCAUUAGUUUCUCUUUCGUUCCCACAGCAGACGGUGCUUCUCCUCCACUGCAUGAUACUAUAACACUGCAUGACCCGACUCAACUCAAUUCAGCUUCUUUACUUUCCGUUCGGAUGCUUUUACACUUUAUUUAUUCCUUUUAGACUUUUUUUUUACUCUGGUCCAAACCAAAGUAGCAGGUGUGAAAGGUUCCGUAAACCAAAGAACCAACAAAAGAACCUAUAUUUCAUGUGAACAAAGUAGAGUGAAAUAAGGGUUGAGUUCAGUCAAACUAGUGUGGAAUCAGAGUCAGUCUGUGUUAAAUUCGAGUCGCGAAAAGUCAAAUAAUAGUACAAUUUAAUCAAACUAAAUUUGAGUCGACUCAAAUAAAAGUCAAAUAUAAGUCAAGUUAAAUCAAACAAAAGUCAAGUUUAAGUCUAAUAAAGUCAAAAAUUAGUUGAGUUAAAUAAAAUAAGUCAAAUUGGAGUUUAGUUGAAUCACAUAGGAAUCGAGGUCAAUCAAACAAAAGUCAAGUUUGAGUCUAGUAAAGUGAAAUCAAAUUAGAGUUGAGUUAAUUUAAAUUAAAAAAGUCAAAUUGAAUCAAAUAAAAGUGAAAUAAGAGUAGAGUUGAAUAGUUGAGUACAGUGCAAUAAGAGUGAAAUAAGACUCUAAGUUAGAGUUAAGUUGAGUAGUGUAGGUAUCAUGCAGUGGCAAAGCACCUUUAUCCUGUUAAUCAAAUCAAUAUUCAGUAUUGAUUAUUUAGGAUCGUCUACAUGCUGUAGUUCUGAGUAAUAAUAAUAAAUUCCCCAGUUUAUACUCUGUACGCUAGUUUUCUCCAGCGAUGUGUGCGAGUUAAACACCAUGAUCAGCUAAGAAUCGCUCUAAUGAACAGUGAGCGACGUUUUAUUUUAUGUUGACCAUUUUCCGUUUGUUUGUGUUGUUGGUCAGUGUAACGGUGGACAGCAGUCCAGUCUUUAUAUAGUUUAUAUACCAGUUAUUUAUAAAUAUUAUGUUGCCUUUAUGAGAGGUUUAAAAGAGAAGCAAUAGUUACGAUAGUUAUUAUUAUUAUUAUUAUUAUUAUUAUUAUUAUUAUUAUUAUUAUUAUUAUUAUUAUUAUUACAGGGGUUAAUUAACAAUGUUGUACAAGGAAAGGACCGGGUUCAGAUGUUACCUCAGUUGAGUUUGCAUGUGUUCAAGAAUUUACUUUCAGGUUUGAACCAGUCAAAAGUUUGGGCACACCUCCCCUUCUCAUUCAAUGUUUAUUUUCUGUAUUGUAGAUUAAUACUGAAGACAUAAUAACAAUGAAUUAUGUAGUAAACAGUAAACAAACAGAUUAUAACAAACCAUCCUCCUAGCAACACCUUAGCAACCAAAGCUAUACAAUAGCAACACUUUAGCUACCACUUAGUAGUAAUGCCUUACCAACUGACUGCCAAGCAACAACACAGUAAUCAACACUUAUACCAUAGCAACACCUUAGCAAACACCAAGCAACCAACAUCAACACUACAGCAACAGUUUAGCAAUCAUUGCCAGAGAAACACCUCAGCAACCCCGUAGCAAAAAAAUAUCAAUACAAUAUACUAUAGCAAUAUCUUAGCAACCACCUAGCAACAAUUUAGCAACCAAUACCAUAGCAAAACCUUAGCAAAUUCAUAUAAAAAUAUGAAGGUGCUUUCCGUACUCUUUUUAUUUCAUAAUUAACAGGUUUGAUCAUUUAUAGUUAGUUCCGAUGUUUUUAAUAUUAAUCUAUGAUGUGGAAAAUAAAAAAAUCAUAAUAAAGAAAAGUCAUUGUUGAUUGGUGGGGUUGUGAAGGGGGUGUGUCCAGAUUUUGAGUGAUGGGUGGGAAGGGGGGGUUUGUGACCAUGCAUUUCUGCUCAAACUCAAGACGACCAAAGUUACCGCGCCUCGUAUCAGAUAGUUCAGAAACACUUCGGCCAAAGCCUUUUGCACUUUGAUCUGUAUCUCCUCCGUCCUGCGCCGUGACGACGGAGGCUCCGCCCCCUGGCUGGGUUUACGUGGAGGAGGGAGGGGCUCCCGUGGCUCAGAACUAAUGAAAUUCCUUCGGGCUCGGGGUCCAGUCUGCUAAUCUGCUCUAAUUCGCACUGCCGCUGUUCCAGAGCCAGGGUUUCACUCCCACACUCACCAGAGAGUUAAGAGUUGAGACUUAAAUUGAGUUGAGUUAAGAGUUGAGUUGAGAGUUGAGUUAAGAGUUGAGUUGUAACUCGGAGCAGGACGGUUCUCGGUUUGAUGAUUAGUGAACAGUGGAGGUUAACGAUUAUGAAUGUGGGAGAAUUUUCCUCUGUGCGUAAUUGAUUUACUCGUUGUUUGUGCUCACGCUCGUUUGCGUGUCGUACAUUAGCUCGUAGAAAAGCUCGUAGAAAAGCUAAGGGCUUGUCGUCCACCAAACAGCACAUAUAGUACAGCCCUCCUGGCCACUGAGGAACCACACUAUUGCUAAGGAACACACUUGUCUUCCAUGCACUUGCUAAAAAAUGAAUUUACCACAGCAACCCUUUACGUUUUUUUUUUUUCUUUGACAAAAUAAAGAUAUUUCAGUUAUAGUUUUAUGGACAAUGCUAAUGAUGAUUUAUUCAUCUGGAUACUCUUUUUUUUUUUUUCUUCUUCUUUUUUUUUUCUCCCUGAAACAUGUACGUUUUAUUUUUUCUGAGGGUUAGAUUUGAAGUGGCUUUCUUCUUCUUUAAUUUUUUUUUUAUCUAUGUCUAUUACAGAGUUCGAUUAUUUGAUUUAUUAAUAUAUGAUCUGUGUUUCUCUGUUAAGGGAAGAAGAGUGUAACGAGCAAAUGUACUGUACCUCCAGGUAUCUUCGGUUGUUCUAUUUAAAGCAAUGUGUACAUAGUGUUUUAUAAUAAAUACUGGAGGAGUUCUGAUGAAAUAUGACAAUAAAUCUGAGAGAUCUAUUUCUCUAUAAAAAAA